AGUACGAACUUAUGAUGAAGCUGAAGUGAGGAUGGAGGCCCUGGGCAAUGAGAUGUGCUGCCCUGUGUGCCUGGAGUUGUUCACAUACCCUCUGCUGCUGCCUUGUGCUCACAAUCUCUGUAGGGGGUGUGCGGAAGACAUCUUAGCGUCUCCUCCAGACCAGUACUACAAGAACCAUGCCAGCGGGAAGAGUGAACCUGAACCUGAGGUGGAAGACCUGGAUGAGACAGGCCAGGGCUUCUGCUGUCCCACGUGUCGCGAGAAGAUCGUGCUGGGGGACAAAGGACUGGACGGACUCAGGAAAAAUGCCACCUUACAGAGUAUUGUUGACAGGUACAAGCAAGCAACAUCCGGAGCACGCCGGACAGCCAGCAGUUUUGGGAGUGAACCAGACAGCCAGGUUCUUUGUGACUCGUGUGAGGGGGACCCUAAGCCAGCCUUUAAGACAUGCAAAACCUGUGAAGUGUCCUUUUGUCCCGAGUGCCUUGAAGCUCACCACAGCCACCCCAGGAUCUUUGCCAAGCACGUUCUGGUCGCUCCAACAGGUGUCAUACCACACAAGCUUUCUGACACAAGAGACAAGGAAGAGAUUCUGUGCAGUGAACACAGGGAUGAAAAGGUGAAUCUGUACUGUCGGGAAGACAACAAGCUGGUGUGCACAAUCUGCAGACUUGUGGGGAAGCACAAGGACCAUGAACUAGCAGCUGUCGAUGAGAUGUUCAAAGAACUCAGAGAGAAGCUGAUUCUCAAUGUGGAUGCACUUGAGAAGAGAACUGAAGGAAUGAUUGACCAGGUUUCAUCCCUCAGGACCCAGUGUCAAGACAUUGAGAGUACUGGCCACCGUUACAAACAGCGGCUGUACAUGGACAUUGAUGAGCUCAUCGGAGUCCUGGAGGAGAAGAAGGUGCUUCUCGGGGAGAAGAUUGACACAGAGAGAGAGAUGAAGGUCCAGGCUAUGGAGGAACAGGUGGACGAUGCUCUGGCCAUGGUGGAACAAGCCAAGCGGUCGCUGUUCUUUGCCAGGGAGCUGAUCAAGGAGAAGGACUGUAGUGCAUUUCUUAUGAGUGCUGCUGAGAUCAAUGAAAGAAUCCAGAAGGCGAUGACCCCGCUGCCUGGCCAGUGUGUUGGUGCGGCACAGUUCAUGCACACUGUGGUGGACAUGAGGGAGCUGGGAGACCAGCUCAAGGGGAUGAACUUCAUGAAAGUACCAUCUGCUCCAGUGAUCAUGGCCAACUACUGUAAGGUGACCAAUGUCUCCUUUACCCUACACUGGCUGAACAAGGAGAGAGACUUCAUUGACUCAUACCAGGUGUUGUAUUGUGAAGCAAGUGUUGAAGACGAUGGCUAUGGUGUAACUGCGGGAGGAAUGCCGUCAGCUCAGUCCCACUGGAAGACCGAUGAUGGGAUCACAGAGGACCACCACACGGUGUAUGGGCUGGAGCCAGGCACAGAGUACACCAUGUUUGUCAGGGGCAUCAGCCAGGCUGGCUGCACUGAGAGAAGUCAGCUCAUUAAUGUCAAAACUCACAAAGAUCAAAACCCACAAAGACCGCUUCAGUGGCCUGAGCACUGCAGCCCUGGGCAACAUAUCCAUCCGCUGCGGGCAGCACUAUUGGGAGUGUGACGUCAGAGAUUGUGCCUCGUACCGCGUGGGCGUGGCUUACUUUGACACGCCCAGGGCCAAGUUGAUUGGUGGGAGUGAAAGUUCGUGGGUAUUCCACAGAAGCGGGUGUAUCAGCUCUGCCAUUACCGGGGAUGUGAAGCACAACGUCCCACAGUGUAGCCCCAAUGUCCUGGGGGUGUUCUUGGACUACGACAAAGGCCUGCUCUCGUUCCUGGACGUGGAGAGAGAGGAGCACAUCUACACCUUCCACACCAAGUUCCUGCAGCCCGUGUACCCAGCAGUGGCACUGCUGUCCCUGGACGGGUCCAUGGCUCUCUAUGCAGACAAAGAAGUGCCCCAACAACAGUUCCCUCAGAUUCAAGCUGAUUAUGGAGGCUUUACCACCACAGCUGGACUAGUCGCCUACGGCCCUUCUGCCUAUGCCUUAGUCCCAGUACAGAAGUGAACUUUGAGACCCAGUGAGGUAAACUUUUCGGAUGGCAUCGAUGCAA